AAUAAUUCUGACGCAAUUCCACAUUUAUGAUGAUCUGACCUGCAUCUGCCAAGUUCAACUCCGCCAAUGGUAGGACCCUUUUAUACCAAGGACAACUGAUCGCGUUUGUUUGUGUACCGAACAGUUUCGUAACACGUGUUUUGUAAGACAACAUAUACAAGUUACAUAAAGUUUGUGUUUGGCGUAGGACUCUGUCGACAGGAUCAAAGAUGCCGCCCUCUGGACUUAACGGAAACCAAAAACGACACAGAAAAAUCGGCAUUCUGGAGGUUCAGGGUGCAUUUCAAGAACACAAGGUGGCUCUGAUGAGGGCCAAAACAUGUAUGCAUGUGAAAACAGAACUUGAAGUGGUGGAGGUUCGCCAUCCAGACCACCUAGUGCCCGACAUGGACGGUCUGAUUAUACCGGGAGGCGAGAGUACCACUAUUAGUCUAUUCCUGAAAAGAAACAAUAUGGAAGAGCCUCUCCGGAACUGGAUACAGACAAAAGGUCACGUGGUGUGGGGAACCUGCGCAGGGAUGAUCCUUUUAUCAAGGUUUACCGAAAACCAAAAAGACGGCGGACAACCAACGCUGGGAAUGUUGGACACAGUAGUAUCUAGGAACUUUUUCGGACGACAGGUGCACAGCUUUGAAGCGCAAGUGACAAUCAAAUCGCCAUCACUGUCAACCAACAUCCAAAUGGAUGCCUCAGAUUCAAAAUGUCAUGGUGUGUUCAUCCGGGCACCUGCCGUGCUUGAGACGACGAGUUCCGAAGUGCAAGUUCUUGCAGUGUUAGAACGAACAGAACAGAAUGAUGCCGUCAUCGUUGCUGUGCAACAAGGUGACGUCAUGGCGACAGCUUUUCACCCAGAACUUACUGAAGACCUUCGUUGGCACUUGUAUUUUCUAACGAUGAUCGAAAAAGCAAAAGAGCAAGCCUAAUAGUCACACAGAAAAUGUGUUUAAGGUCAUGAUGUGGAAUUGUACUGUGACUGAACACGGUUUUAUAACAUUCAUAUAUUCAGGAGCUUCAGUAGUUUUAUCCGUGGUUCAUACAGAUACGAAAAAUCCUGGAAUUUCAGUUUUUGUCAUGAAAAGUCUUGGAAUUCACUGUCAAAGACAAAAUACCUAGAAAACUCUUUGAAUUUACAUCCUUCGUAUUGGAAUAAACUAUUGAAGAUGAUUUAGUUUCCUAAAAUAUUAAUAAAAUCAAAUUUUAAAACUGUAAUUGUAAGACGUAUUGUUUUUCCUUUGUCAUGAUUACUAUGUGAAUUGAUUCUUGUAUGUACUGUAACAGCAUUGUCACUAUGAUCGGGAUAGGACAACUGGUAUUUUGUACAAUGCUGUAUAACUUUCUUGAUUUCACCAAAAGUUGAUCACUGUGCUAGAAAAGUCUUAGAAAAAACAGAAAGUCUUGGGAAAGUUUUGGAAUUCGUGAUAUCUGAAACAUGUUAUCAACUGAGAUGCUUUUAUCGGAAUUAUCGAUAACACGAAUCUUCCAUGCGAAACAGGUCAGGGCAUUCAUCGAGAUGUUAACAUUUUGAGACUAAGCAUGCUGCCACUCUACCACAGGUUUCCUUUUCUUUGUCGUUUUUUCGUCAUAAAGUCAAAAUACGAAUAAAUGGCUUUUAUCAACUGCUUUUAUUUUUUCCAACUGACUGAUGAUUCAGUAUGAGACGAUCUGUCACUUUACUAUAUAUCGACUCCCUGUCUCGCUAUAAUCGGACGAAACAUACAAAGUGUUCGGAUGAAUUGGUUAAUGAUUAUUGUAUUACAUCGCAUUACAUAAGCCUUUGAUCUCUGGACCAAACACUCGCUCAUGAAAGUCUAUAGCGGUAUAUUUAUACA